CGCGGCGGAGCGGCAUGGCGUGGCCCUGUAUCAGCCGGCUGUGCUGCCUGGCCCGGCGCUGGAACCAGCUGGACCGCUCUGAUGUAGCGGUGCCGCUUACUCUGCACAGCUACUCCGACCCCGCGAGCGAGGGUCCGGGAGCGGACUGCACCACCGCGCGUGGGAGCCCGUCGGUCGCAGGCGCGCGGGAGCCCAGCCGCGCUGUGCCGCUCACCCAGUACCAGCGCGACUUCGGCCUGGGGACCGCGCGUGCUGUGCCCGGGGAUGCAGGUCAGGAACGUGCGCCAGGGCGGGGCGGCCGCAGGGGCCAGUCCUCGGAGUCCCACUCCCGGACCGUCUUCGUGCUACCCGUCGGGGACGCGGAUGCAGCUGCAGUAGCGACCACGUCUUAUAGACAGGAAUUCCAAGCUUGGACUGGAGUGAAGCCUUCAAGAGCAGCAAAGGCCAGGCCAGCCAGAGUCAUCACAACUCACAGCUCUGGAUGGGACCCCAGCCCUGGGGCCAGCUUCCAGGUUCCAGAGGUGAGGAAAUUCACACCCAACCCCUCAGCCAUCUUUCAGACAUCAGCGCCCCGGAGGACUCUCAAUGUAUGACCAGUGGAGACCAGUGGAAACCAUGGCUGGGAAAGCUGAGCAUCGCCAGACCUACCAGGCCUGGCUUGGCCCUUUGCUGACAGGAGCAGCG